UGAAGAUCUUGAAGCAAUGACCAACCAGCACAGAGUUCUUGGUUCUUCCCAAUAGACAAUCCUUAAUCGUUGAGGCGAAAUAAUGGACUGAAUUUUGACUCAUCUUCAAUCCUCUCUAAAACCCAUUUCAGAUCAAACCCUAAAUUCUCUAUCUUUCCUAUUUUCACCCUCGUUUCUCAAUUCCUCGGAGUAUUCAUAGUCGUUUACAGUAAUUUAUUUCAAUGGCUGAUGCUUCGGAAAGCUUGGGGUCGGAAUCGGCGGCAAUUGGGAUUGACUCAACCACCAAGGACGAGCUCUGCAUGGAGAUCGACCCGCCUUUCCGCGAGAAUUUGGCCACAGCUGAUGACUGGCGGAAAGCCCUCAGCAAGGUUGUUCCUGCAGUGGUCGUGUUGCGCACCACGGCUUGUCGGGCCUUCGACACUGAAUCGGCCGGUGCGAGCUAUGCCACUGGCUUUGUGGUCGAUAAGCGCCGUGGGAUUAUCCUCACCAAUCGACAUGUUGUUAAGCCAGGACCUGUAGUAGCAGAGGCUAUGUUUGUGAACAGGGAAGAAGUUCCUGUACGACCUAUAUACAGAGAUCCGGUCCAUGAUUUUGGCUUCUUUCGUUAUGAUCCUGGGGCAAUACAAUUUCUUAACUACGAGGAGAUUCCCCUGGCUCCAGAGGCUGCUAGUGUUGGACUCGAAAUCAGAGUUGUUGGUAAUGAUAGUGGCGAGAAGGUUUCUAUCUUAGCUGGUACCCUUGCUCGACUGGAUCGGGAGGCUCCUCAUUAUAAGAAAGAUGGAUAUAAUGAUUUCAACACAUUCUACAUGCAAGCUGCAUCUGGAACUAAAGGUGGAUCAAGUGGUUCCCCAGUAAUUGAUUGGCAAGGCAGGGCAGUGGCAUUGAAUGCUGGAAGCAAGUCCUCAAGUGCAUCAGCAUUUUUCUUACCUUUGGAAAGAGUUGUUAGGGCAUUGACAUUUCUUCAGAAGGGCAGGGAUUCUUAUGACAAUAAAUGGGAAGCAGUUUCCAUUCCCCGUGGUACGCUUCAGGCAACCUUUCUCCACAAAGGAUUUGAUGAGAUACGUCGGCUUGGCCUCCAAAGUGAAACAGAGCAGAUGGUCCGCCUGGCUUCUCCACCCAGUGAAACUGGAAUGCUAGUUGUAGACUCUGUGGUGCCAGGUGGCCCUGCUCACAAACUUUUGGAGCCAGGUGAUGUGCUUGUUUGCGUGAAUGGAGAAGUAAUUACUCAGUUCCUGAAAAUGGAGACUCUACUCGAUGACAGUGUGAAACAAACAAUUGAUUUGCAAGUUGAAAGGGGUGGCACAUCAUUUACAGUACACCUAGUGGUACAGGAUCUACAUUCCAUAACUCCUGAUUACUUUUUAGAAGUAAGCGGUGCAGUGAUACAUCCCCUUUCAUACCAGCAGGCCAGAAACUUCCGUUUUAAAUGUGGUCUUGUCUAUGUUACAGAACCAGGGUAUAUGCUGUUUAGAGCAGGCGUUCCUCGUCAUGCUAUCAUUAAGAAGUUUGCUGGUGAAGAAAUUUUAAGAAUUGGGGAUCUAGUCUCAGUGUUAUCCAAAUUGUCAAGGGGUACUCGAGUUCCAUUGGAAUAUAUAAGCUAUACAGAUCGUCAUCGAAGAAAGUCUGUCCUAGUCACAGUCGAUAAUCAUGAAUGGUACGCCCCUCCUCAAAUAUAUGUUCGUGAUGAUAGUACUGGUUUGUGGAUAGCCAAGCCAGCUAUUCAACCUCACGUUCAUUUGCAGUCUUCUCCGAUGACUAAUGUGGGAGAAGGUUAUAUGAACCAAUCAGUUUUACUCAAUGAUGAUUCUUCUCAUAUAAGACAUGUGCAUCAAGUGAACAACCCUGAAAUAAUUGAUGGCGUAGUUAGUAUGGAAACCAAUUUUGAACACGUGUCAGAGGAGGCACGUUCUCAAGAUAGAUCUGAUGCUGGAACUAAGAAACGGAGAGUGGAAGAUGAUCGAUUGACUGAUGGAAACAUUGCUGACAGUUCUUUUCUCGAAACUCAAGAGACCAUCUUGGAAGAUGCAACAGCUACACAAACUGCAGUUUUACGCGACUAUCAAGGGGGAACAGUGGCAGCUGUUGCAGCUAAUGCUUCAUUUCCUGAACAUAUUAUAGAGCCCACUCUUGUGAUGUUUGAGGUUCAUGUGCCACCAUCAUGUAUGCUUGAUGGUGUUCAUUCACAACAUUUUUUUGGGACAGGUGUUAUAAUAUACCACUCUCACAGCAUGGGACUUGUUGCCGUGGACAAGAAUACCGUCGCGAUAUCAUCUUGUGAUAUCAUGCUAUCUUUUGCCGCCUUUCCGAUAGAGAUUCCAGGGGAGGUGGUCUUCUUGCAUCCUGUUCAUAACUAUGCUCUUGUUGCAUAUGACCCCUCUUCUCUUGGAUCUGUUGGUGCCUCGGCAGUUCAGGCUGCAGAAUUACUUCCCGAGCCUGCAUUACGGCGUGGUGAUUCAGUCUAUCUCGUUGGAUUAAGUAGAAGUCUGCAAGCAACUUCCAGAAAAUCAAUUGUAACCAAUCCUUGUGCUGCAUUAAAUAUUGGCUCUGCUGAUUCUCCGCGAUACAGAGCUACUAAUAUGGAAGUAAUUGAGCUCGACACUGAUUUUGGUAGUACUUUUUCGGGAGUGCUCACAGAUGAGCAUGGGAGGGUCCAAGCUAUUUGGGGAAGUUUUUCUACUCAGCUCAAGUUCGGUUGCAGCUCGUCAGAAGAUCAUCAGUUUGUAAGAGGUAUUCCUAUAUACACCAUCAGCCAAGUCCUUGACAAAAUUCUUUCUGGGGCAAAUGGACCUCCUCUUCUAAUAAAUGGAGUGAAAAGGCCAAUGCCCUUGGUUAGAAUUUUGGAAGUUGAACUUUAUCCAACUCUGCUCUCAAAGGCCAGAAGUUUCGGACUUAGCGAUGAAUGGGUGCAGGCUCUUGUUAAGAAAGACCCAAUCAGGCGGCAGGUUUUACGAGUUAAAGGUUGUUUAGCUGGAUCAAAGGCUGAAAAUCUACUAGAGCAAGGAGAUAUGGUCUUGGCGAUAAAUAAACAGCCAAUAACAUGCUUCUAUGACAUAGAAAAUGCUUGCCAAGAACUAGACAGAAUUAAUAGCACUGAUGGAAAGCUUAACAUGACUAUUUUCCGGCAGGGGCACGAAAUUGAUCUACUUGUUGGGACGGAUGUACGAGAUGGGAAUGGCACAACCCGUGUAAUAAAUUGGUGCGGUUGCAUUGUUCAAGAUCCUCAUCCCGCAGUUCGUGCUCUCGGAUUUCUUCCUGAAGAAGGUCAUGGUGUGUAUGUAGCAAGGUGGUGUCAUGGGAGUCCAGUUCAUAGAUAUGGUCUUUAUGCUCUUCAAUGGAUAGUUGAAGUAAAUGGGAAGCUAACUCCUGAUUUAGAGACUUUUGUUAAUGUCACUAAGGAACUAGAACACGAGCAAUUCGUCCGUGUGAGGACCGUCCAUCUCAACGGGAAGCCUCGUGUUCUAACACUGAAGCAAAAUUUACAUUAUUGGCCUACAUGGGAGUUAAGGUUCGAUCCGGACACUGCAAUGUGGCGUCGUGUGACAAUUAAAGCAUUGGACUCGAAUAACCCGUCGAUGAUUGGAGGUUGAAGUCAAAUUGGCUCGAAUUAGGGUUACCAUUACAGCUGCCUCACAAUUUUGAAAUCAGUUGAGAAAUUUCACAACAUUUUUAAUCAAAUUGCCACACCAGUUCAUAUUGAAGUAAAUAGCUUAAUGUUUGGGGAUUUCAUAU